CCUCCAGGCCCCGCCCCCUGCCGCGGUCCGACCGGUCGAACCAGCAUGAACAUGUUCAGAAGAGAUAAAGGCUCCGCAGCCCAGACUCCGUUGGUCCCGCCUAGACCUGGACCCGGACCUGGACCUGGACCUGGACAGCAGCAGGAGCCGGACGAUCCUAUUGAAGAGGCAGGAGGAGGAGGAGGAGGAGGAAGGACCAAGGCCUCGCAGAAAAACAACAACGAACUGAACGCAAAGACCAAGAGGACCGGACUGAUGGGAGCGAUGCAGCAGGUCAACCCCUUCAGGUCCACCUCACAGGUUCCGUCCAGAGUCGACGAUGCUCCGACGUCAGAGUCACGAGAACAAGGAUCUGACUCCACACAGAGGCCAGGUGUGUUGAAGGGGGUCAUGCAGAAGGUCAACCCGUUCAGGUCGACCCCCCAGGUUCUUAAAGCUGCGUCUUCAGAGUCUCUGGACCAGGAACGAGCUUCAGACUUGACGCAGAGCCCCGGCGUGUUGAGAGGAGUCAUGCAGAAGGUCAACCCCUUCAAGUCGUCCACUCAGGUGAAGACCGAUCCUCCAGACGAUCAUUCACCACAAGAGACUGGAGGAGAACUUCAGACCAAACAGAAUCCAGGGAUGAUCUCAGGAAUGAUGCACAAAGUGAACCCGUUCAAAUCCUCACAGCCGAAGGAAACACGACUUCCACACGACGACCUUUCCUCCAGCGGCGGAGGCUUCACGGAGAAGCAGACUCCAGGGACGUUCAGAGGGAUGAUGCAGAAAGUGAAUGUCUUCAGCCCGUCUCACUCACAGGGAGGGGGAGCUCUUCACAGUGAGAUCUCGUCCAGCGCCGAGAGCCUGGACGACGGCAGCAUACAGAGACACACCGUUUGGUAUGUCGACGGCGACACCAGUUGUGAGGUCAAAGGUCAGCCAGUGGAGGCGCCAAAGAAACGAACGAUGACGUUCAGGAUGAAGAGGAUUCUGCCCAGUGGCUUGUUUGGAUCUGGAACAAAGGACACGCUGGCGUCGCCUCAGCAGGCUGUUGAAGUUCAGACUCUCCACUUGGCUGAAGUUCCCGGUGAAGGAACCGUCCUGGAUCCUCUGGACGACGAGGACGGGCUCCUGGCCUGGUGGAGGACGGUCGAAGGGUGGGACGAUUGGAGCGGAGCCAACGAGAACGAGGAAGCUGAAGAAGUGGUGGAACAAGCAGCGGACCGCGUCUUCAUGGCGGCUCGUCUCUUCGUUCGCUUCUUCAACCAGCGAGGAGCUUCGCUGCAGCAGCGCGUCCUGGAGCUGCUGGCGUUGGCCGACGCAGCCGACAACUUUCACAAGAAGACGGUCACGGCCAGCGUCGGCGGCGGGGUGGCCAGCAUCGCGGGGUCGGUCACCACCAUCACCGGGCUCAUUCUGGCGCCCUUCACGGCAGGAACCUCCCUCAUCGUCACGGCCGUAGGCAUUGGCGUGGCAACGGCAGGCGGGCUGGCGUCGGCGUCGGCCAACAUCACGGACACGGUCCACUCGAAGACGGACCGCAAGAAGGUGGAGGCCAUGAUCCAGCAGUACGAGGAGGAGAUGAAGGACAUCAGGGAGUGUCUGGAGUUCCUGCAGGACGGGAUGGAGACGCUGGAGGAAUGGGACUUUGAGAAGUACGCCGAGAGCAUCUCGCAGAAGCACCUGAACCAGAACGUCAAGCACGUCAUGAAGGAAGGCGGCCGCGCCGGCAAGGCGCUGGUGAUCAACACGGAGAGCCUGAUCAGCACCGUCCAGGUCCUGGGUGUAGCGGGCGGCGCCGCUAAAGCCGCCCAGGUGAUGAGCAUCACCACGGGGGUGAUGGCCGGUCUCUUCCUGGCGCUCGACGUCUUCUUCCUGGCGAAGGAUUCCAUGGAGCUAAGGAGCGGCGCCAAGACAGAUUUCGCCGCCAAAAUCCGUGAAGUUUGUAAGGACCUGCAGGACGGGCUGCUCCAGCUGAACACCGUCAAGGAGCAGCUGCAGAGAACCAUGGACGGGAUCGAGGUGGAGGUGGAGGAGGAGGACGAAGAGCAGCUGAAGUCGGAUCUGAAGAAACUUGUGGAGCUUGAAGAAUAAAAAACAGAAACAAUGACGUUUCAGAAGUUAUUGGCUUUGAAGUUUUGGAAGUUAGAUGUUACAAUGACAAUUUCAAGUAGCUGCUUCAUAGGAAUUUAUUUUAAGUAUUUAUGAAUUAAAGUAGUCAUUUUAAUUAUUAUUAAAGCACAAGUUAGCACAUUGUCACUGUGAUCAUUUCUUUAAUAAAAGUGUUUGAAGAUUA